GGAGGCCGAGUUAUUACGAUUGUAUCGAGUUGUUCCCCUUCGCAUAAUUGUUUUCUGUGUCAGUCAACUUUCGUUUUAUUGGAAAGUGUCAAAAUGAGCAAAUACGAGAACUACAACUCAACGUCUCGCAACUACGACACACAGAGGGUUCCAGUUGCCUCGGACACCAUCGCGGCCAUGCUCCAGUUCUUUACCAGCAAACAACUCAAGGAUAUCCAUGUCUUGGACGCAGGCUGCGGAACAGGCAACUACUCUAGUGCACUCCUUGAAGGGGGUCUUGGUCACGUGACCAUGAUUGACGCCUCCGGUGCGAUGCUACAGCAGGCGAGGGAUAAACUAGAGGACGCCUUGGCGGAUGGACGCGUCAAACAGAUGCUAGAAGUAAAACUACCGGAAAUACCGUUUCCAGAUAAUACAUUUGACGCCGUUAUGUUUAACAUGGUUCUCCACCAUCUAGAACCUCUAAACUCAAAAAAAUAAUGUUGGCUAUCCCGUCAUUUCCAAGGCGAUUACCGAAGCGAAACGAGUUAUCAAGAAAAACGGCGUACUCAUUGUCACCACCCAACUUCCGAAUAUCGUGAAAAACAACCUCUGGUUUACUCAAAUCAACGAGGAAAUCACAAACCGCUUCAUCAGCCGCUGGCCAGACUUGGAUUACUAUGAAAGUACUUUCUCCUGUGCAAAUCUUGAGCUGGUUGAAACUGUUAAUAUCCUAGCCAAGCACUACAUGAAAGAAAACGAUUUCUAUGAAGGCCCAUUGCAUGACUGGUGGCGAGAUACGGAGUCUUAUUGGGGUUUUGCAACGAAGGAGGAAUUAAAGGAAGUGAAGGAGAAGAUAUCAAAAUUGAAGGAAACAGGAGAACUGGAAGCAUGGGGAAAGGAAAGGGAUAGAGCCAGGACAGAAGGAUCGGUAACCUUAUUUGUUUGCAGAGCAAUGUAAUUGUUAGUGAUCAAAAGAGGGCCAUAAAUCGAAAGCGGAGGACACAGUAACAUAAUACAUUUUGACAGCAAUGUUAUUGGUCCUAGGCAAUGGAAAGGAAGAGAGCCAUGGCGAAGGUGACCGGAUGUCUUUCUUGUUUGCAAAGCAGCAUGUAAUUGUUGCUGGAAAGGUGAAAAUAUUUGAAAGUGACAGUGUGUAUACACUGUGUAUACCAAUUCACACUAUGUUUUAAAAGUGCAAAUACAUCAUCUAGGACUCUGACAUAACAUACUUUAUUGAUAAACAUCAAUGUGUUUUAAAAUUGACAAUGAUUUAUGAAACCUGUUAAAAGGUGUGCUAAUAAAUAUUAAAGUGACACUAUUAUUCAAAAUCAAUACAUACACAUGUAUAACAUACAUACAUUUGGAGUGAUAAUCCUUUAACUACUUACUAAAUAAUACAUUUAUUGGAAAUAUUAAUUGCUAAUAACAAGAUUGUAACCGUGUAUUUAAUAACUGAAACCUCAAAAAUAUUAAAUGAUUGGUGAAUGCUAAAAGAUUUACAGUGAUCUAUUAUAGUAUCAUAAGGUAGAAAUACCGUGUUUUUGUACAUUUCUUUCAAAUUAAACUCGGAAUCCUUCAUAAGAACCACUGUUUUUUUACAUUUAUUCAUCCUUUCUGGUAUAUUUAAACAAUUGUAUUUAUUGUGGUAAAUCUUAUUUGGGAGUAAAAGUGCAUCUUUAAUAUAAAUUAUAAAUGUAAAAUUAAACAAACAUGUUAACCAUGAUGUUUUAGCUGUGUUUUUUAUUACCAUGAAUAUUAAUUGUAUUAUAAA